AUGUUCGAUUCGUACCGUCAAUAUGGUCGCAAUGCACCUCUCCCAAAAUACACGGAAGUUGGACCUGACGGUUCUGUUCUCUAUCAAUCAAAUAGUGUUCCUACCUACUUGAGUACUACAUAUUUACAACCACAUGGGGUAGUUCAUCGAAACCGAUUGAAUAUGAGCGACCAAAGUACGAAUAAUUAUUAUAGAACAUUUAAUAUUCCUGAACGCUUCAAUCGACCUGAUUUGUGGCAAGGCUACAGAGAGGUUGAACUGCAUCCAUUCUAUCGAACAACAAAUCAAGAAUACGGUGCUUACAAACCUGAAGUUCACACAAUGCCAAAUGUCUAUCGUUAUCGAUCGCAUACGUUUACUAAUAGCAUGUCCAUCGGCGGCAACUUUCGUCAAUGUGGAUUCAAUACAAGUACAAGUAGUUUGGUUCCUAAAAAUGUACCCUCAGGUACACUUCCGAUCUCGCUAGGAUCACCAAUGCAAGCAAAAUAUGUACAAUGA